AUGAAGCUCACAUCAUGGGCAAUUUGCUCCUUGGCACUCGUUGCUGGAGUGUUUGGAGCCGACAGGCCUGAACUUUUCGAGGGCCUACCUAAUUGUACUACAUUAUGUUUUGAACCAUAUGGAAAUGUGGGAUUUGACACUCUCGAUAUCUGCAACAAUAAGAAUUUGAAGCACGAACUUGACCAAUGCUUCUCACAAGAAUGUAGCGAUUUGGAAAGAUUUGGAAUUGCAAGGAUUCAUGCCAAUGCAUGCGAUGACAAGCCCGAUGACAAACGACUUCACCAUUACAUUCUUCUUGUAGCAGAAAUUCCAGCAUGGGCCUCUCCUUGGAUUCGACUCUACUCGAGUUGGAUCACUUACGAAAGCCUUUCUCUGGAUGAUUAUGUGAUAGCCCUUUGUGGAUUACUAUACACAGUGUUUGUCACGCUUGUUCAUUUCGGCCAUUCUGUAACAGGCACGACAAUCGCUUGGGAUGCAAUCACACAAAACAUCACGGAUGGACUCAAGCUUGUUUUCAUGGCCGAAAUCUUUGAGCUCGCCUGCUCAUGCUUGUUACGAGUCGCGAUCCUUCUCGUGUGCCUUCGCAUAUCUCUCCGUGGCCACCACAUGACGAUCACAGGCGUCACUAUCUUACUAACGAUCCUCUCUUCGUUUGCUCUCGCACUCCUAAAAGUAUUCCGAUGCUCGCCAAUCGAAUUUGCUUGGAAAGGAUGGGCGCAAGACGACAGAGACCAGGCUAUCGCAAAUUGCUUACCUCUAGACUCGCUCGAAUACGCGGCGUGUGCCAUCGACAUAUCCCUAAAUGUUACGAUCUUCGCCAUGCUGAUCCGACUUAUCAGCAGCCGAAGUACUCGUACUGCCUCAUUUUGGCUGAAGCAAGCCAUUGCGGUCGCAUUAGGAGCCUUUGUACUGGGAGUUUCCGGUUUUCGAGCACAGCUUUUGGUCAACUACUUUACGAAAAUGCAACCCGUGUGGGAAUAUCACGAUCGAAUCAUCUGGAUGGAUGUCGAAAUAUCUGCCUUGAUCAUAUGGGCAUGCCUCCCCACCUGGCAGGCCUUUGCAGACUCUUCAAACCGCAGCAACAUCGAAGAGCGAAGCCUACCUACACCUUUGAUAGGAGGAGCCAACAACAAAACACCGAAGAAAAGAUUCCGCCGUGCGGGACUGUUUAGAUUCUUGGCAAAAGGACGCACGAAGAGACAGGCAGAGCACAACUUGUUUCUGGGAGACAAGACUUACGGAAAUGUCAGGACGGAGAUAGAAGGAGGUCAGAGGUUUUCUAUGAUCUCGCAGUUCACAGGCUUAAUUGGGAUUCAGGUGAAGACGAGAACGACUCGGCUUGUCGUUGAUAAUGAGUGGGAUGCAGAGAAAGGAUCCGCGAGAGAGAAUAUCACUAGAGAUAAUGAAUAA